UGUAGCUUAGAAAUAGGUAGAAAUAGGGAAACCCGACCAUCGUAUACUCGUAUCAACUAUGAGGGUGGCAACAUGUCGAAAGCUUCCCAAACUUCUACGGUUAACGAUGGCGGCAAUAGUAGAGUGCAGAAAAUGACGAAAAAGUUCGAAACCCUCAUAACAAUGCAACAACCGAAGGAACAGGAAAGUCCGCCGCAGCAGCCACACCACCAAUCCGUCCUAAUCUCUCGCAGUGCGACAGGUUCCGUGUGCAAUGAGCAGCGGUUCAGUUCUCCCGUACAGCUCCGUGAAAUGGAUGCGCGAAGAGGAAUCAAGCGCUCUCAAGCCUUCCGCCGGAGUGCGUCACAGGCGGCGUCGUUUAAUGGGGACACCAUUCCGUCCAACCCACCUCUGCUACAUUCCGAAAGCAUUCGUGAGGCGCUUAACAAACCCCUACCCAUUGGACCGCCACCGGAGAAACCACCGCGACGCCGGGGAUGUGCAGAUCGUCCGGAGCCAAAUCACUACGAAGACGUCAAUUUGUUGAUCGAGGCCGCUUUCCAAGAGCCGGAAAAGGGUAGCAUGAAUGAUUCACCGUCACGGGAGACAAUUUCCCUGAAACGCCCUGUGAGCGAGGAGCACCGGAAGCGGCUCCGUCGAUUGUCUCGUUGUGCGGAACUGAAUGACUACACACGCCAGUACGGGACCAUCCGGAUAUACGAUUCGGUCGAUGGCGGUGAACCACCUGUUGCUGCACCGACCGGUGGGAGUGAGCGGAAAAUCAGCGAUACCAAAGGACUAAUCGAGCACUACAACAAAUUGAUUGCAAACGAACGUAGCGUUGUACCGGCGGUGACCACCCUUUACGAGUACUGCAUCGUAGUUGGGUUCGAUUUGCUGCAGAAUCGUCCGUACGUCAAGAGUAAAUACCCGCCCCAAAGGCAACCGCACAAGCAGAUCGAAGUAUUUGUUUACCCCGACAACGGGGCACUCGUUAGGGAGUGUGACCAAGAAUACUGCAUCGUACUCACCGACUUUCCGCAGCGCUUCUAUGGCUUCUGUCGACGCGUUCUGCCGGAAUCGUGCGAAUUCUGCAUCCCUCUCACGUACUGCCUGGUCACAAAGCACAACGAACCGAAGGUAUUUUAUCGGCUGCUGGAGUGCAUCGAGAGCCAGCACGGUAACGGCCGGUUGGCGGAACGUUUGAUGAAACAGUUCCACGAGCAGAAGCUACCGAUGGCCGGCGAAACGCUGCAGCUCACGCUACCACCCAGUCCCGAAAAGCAUGCUCCGGGGCGCGUGGUCACACCUUCACUGCCUCAAACUAUCUCCAUCAGCCGUCCCAAAGAUUUACGCUUAGAGAAAACGGAACUGUUUGAUAUUUUCCAGUGCCUCGGACCGGACGGGUUGAUACACGUGUUCGAGUGUUUGUUGCUGGAGAAGUCGGUGAUUUUAUUCAGCGAACACCUAUCGCUCUUGAGCUCGUGCGUGAUGGCACUACUGUUAAUACUCUACCCAUUCCAAUGGCAGCACAUUCUCAUCACGAUCGUCCCAGACGAUCUGCAGCAGGUGCUGGAAGCGCCGGUACCGAUGCUUGCCGGUACACUGCAACCCGUCCCAGAACAGCUCUGGCAGUCGUCGAGUGAUGCUUGCUACGUGAAUCUCGACCGUCGCACCGUUCGCGGGGCCAAAAACGAGCAGUGCUCGAUUUUGCCCACUGAGCUGAAGAAACCACUCCGAGUGUCGCUGGAGCUCGUUAAAAUAUUCGAAGACUCCAAGGGUCUUUCGAGCGUACUGAUUGGUGGGGCUUUCGUUCGAUUUUUUAUUGAACUGUUCUCCGAUCUCGACACACGGACAUAUGAGAAAGCCCGAUUUCUCGAACGAUUUGACAAUCCGGAAGUGAAGCUGUUUCUCAACUGCUUUCUUGAAACGGUUAUGUUUGCGGACUUUCGUGAACGUUGGCACGCCUCCAAAGAGCAGCUGGCGGGUGGCGAAGGAUUGGAUUAUACUCUUUUCAACUCAAAGAUUGCGGAAAAGUCACAAAAUCGUUACUGGCAUUCGGCCACAUUCGAUGAGGUGGUGGCCAACUCGAAACUGAUCGAACGGAAAGGAAAAACGUUUAUCGAAAAAGUACGAAAACUGAUGAAGAAGUCCUGACGCUGCUCGCCGUGGCGGGUAACCAUGAAACAGUAAUAACACGCCAUCAUCAGACGAACGAAAGAGGAGAUCUUGAGAACUGUCGAAGAUGUCCAAAUUCUAGCAAGCCAUGACCAGGAGAUAAGCAAACAUGUUGUUGAAUUCGUACUGAACGUGAGUGCGUUUUAAUUAGUUUGUAACACCGAAUGGGUUAGUGAUAGUUGACAAUUGGGGCUAAUCGAAACAGUAAUGACCGAAA